CAUGCAAAAUCGAUUUGUCUCGUACAAAUUCUUACAAUCCUUAUCGUCCCUCAGAAGGUAAACCAGAGCCUACCCUUGAUCUCAACAAAUAUUUCAGUCAGAACAGCAUGUUCCGUUUGACAAAUGAAGAUCCGGACUAUACAUCCAAUACAGUGACAGACCGGCAUUGUACACAUUCUCAUCAAUGGUUUAAAUCUGGCGAUGACGACGAUGUUCUUACACCGGAAUUAGUCUCAAAUACCAAAUCUAGUCAAACAGAUUUCGAUUCAAACGAAACUUUGCUUUCCCAACGUGUAUGUGAGUUUGAUCCUUUAUUUAUCGAUUUCAAUGAGAGCCACGAAACACAAUGCAAAUUAAAUGAUCCCGAUAUUCUGACAUUGACAACGUUUUUUGAAGCAGAGAAAGAUUACAAUGUUGCAGACGACAUUUCGGAAGCUGACAAAGGUGUACUAGUAAAUCUGAACGAAGAUUCCUUUAGCAGCACAAGUGACGGAUGCCAGUACACAGACCAGGACUUGCUGGAAGUAUUGCAAUCAUUAGAAGAGUCCAUGGAUGGAAAUGAUGAACCGCCCGUAGCGGAAAGUGUAGAACAAUUGUCACCAGUGGAUGACACAAACAAAACAUUUCUUAAAGGGUGUCGUCUAUCAAAUCACAGACUUGUUUAUUCCUCACACGAUAGCAGUGACGACGAGGAUGAAACGUUUGUUAAGGUUCCAAAAAAUAUAUUAAAGGAUAAUCAGUUAUCAAAUUUCUGCAUGCAUCAACGAUCCCGGAUAGUUACAAGUGAUAUUCGGCGCGUCAACAAAACGAGAUGGUCAGAUGGAUUACUGAAUAAAAUCGUCACGAGAAAGGGACAAAAGAAGGAGAAUUCUUCUCCUUACUUUCUUGCGACAAAAUUCACGCCAUCGGGGCAACUGAUAUCUAAUAUCUUACCAAACAAAGACGGCAGUAUGUGGAUUACAUUCCAAAACAGUAAUGUCAUCAAACUUUAUGAUUACCAUGGCAACGCUAUCGACUCCGUUGAUUUGAGAAUGCCUAUUGACGACGUUACCAGCUCUAGAGACGGCAAUCUAUAUAUAUCAUGUCCGAAGUCAAGGCGUAUCAAAGUACUUACCAGGACACUGCAGUUGUACACUCUAGUGGUGACGCCGGCCUUCGUCCGAGGGAUAGCUGUUAGUCCAGUGGACAACUGUCUGAUUGCCUGUAUGGUGCCGGACCUCACUUAUCAACCGGGACAGGAUUGUGGUUGUCACAGCGCAUGCUUGAUACGUUACUCUAUCCGAGAACAUUGCCUGGCAUGUUCCAGAAAUACAGACUCUGGUCGUUCCCAGCCUUCGGGAUCAAAGGUCGAAGGUCAAUCAAACAACAAAAGGAGCAGUAGUACCAGGUGUAUUUGUUCGCAAGAUGUUUAUUGUGUUAAGGGUUCAAAGGUCACUCAAGAUAACUUAUUUAAAUAUCCUUUCCGCGUCGCUGUGAAUGCAAAUGGGGAUAUUGCUGUAUCUGAUCAUGGCAAUAGAACAGUGCUUCUUUUAUCCGACGCGGGAAGCUUGUUGGGAAGGUUUAAUCAAUCAAAUAUGAGAUUACUAGCUAACCAUGCUCUCAGCUAUGACGUCAACAAUGACCUAAUCAUUGUACAGUCUGGUAGGAAAAAUAUUCUACGAAUACGAAGUCAUUACGAUGGUUCUACCACCGUUAAUAAAUCAACCGUGACGGAAUUGGAAUCACAGAUCGUGACAGCCGCGGCGAUAGAUUCCGAAGGGAUAUUGCUAGUGGUAACAGGUCGGACAUUGAUCAAGGUACUCAAAAAAGGACUCACUGAACAAGGUUGUAUACAGGAUAUCAAUAAUGACCUACCUGAUGAUCUUUCGACCGACCCGCCACCGCUUCCUCAAAGAAAACCAUUGACAACUCCAGAGAGGUUUUCUGAAGAACAACAUCGAAAUGGAAAAUCAAAUCCCAGGCUUCCAGAGACCUUGAACCUAAUGACCUUUCCAAACGACGAUGAAGACACAAAUGAUUUAACAGCAAGCUGGGUAUGCACUGGAAAUUCCUUCGAUAGUGCCAUUUCAGAAUGUCCCCUUUUAAACCUAAGCCACAGUUCUGAAACUGACGAAAUACACGAUAAAAUUUACUCUGGAUUAGAAACAAACAUGUCCGACAGCCUUGACAAAUAUUUUAUUGGCGAUUUGUUCAAGAAAUGUUUUGAUUUGGAUUCAGAAACAAGACCCAGACUUUAUACACCUGAUUUUAGUACAUGUAUCAAAGGUAUUGAUGCCGUAAAAUCCGCAAACAGUGUCGAUUUACCAACACUGCCGGGAGAAAAACAAAACCAAAGUGAUGGUUUGGAAGUGGUAGAUUCUACGAAAUCCAUCACACAUCUCACGAAUACACCGUCACAGUCGUCGAAACCUAACGCGAUGAAGUUGGACUCGACAAGAUCUAAAAGGUCGAGUUUGAUUUUGAAAGGCUGCUUCCGAGAAAACAGUUUGUAUACAUUCGACCCUAUGAAUCCGACAAUCACAGUAGAAAAUAUUCAGGAUAGUGACACUGAAUCUGAAGAACAGGAUCAUAGUUGGCACACGCCUAAACCUAGACAACAAGACAUGUAUUUAGAAAAGCUCAGAGAACUAGAGCAAGAAGUGAACCAACUACAACAGCUUCAGAAGGACAUAAGUACAACCGAACCAGGACUACUAAACAUUCAAAUUCCUAAGUUGUCCUCUCAAAGAUCUGUAAGCGAUAGCGAUAUCUAUAAUUCCAUUGAGUUGGAAAACAAAAUUGAAGGUCGAGAUAUCAAUGAUAAACUAAAUGUAAUCAAAAGUGAUAUUCAUGACAUGAAAAAAUCCUCGAGCACAGACAAUAUCAACAGGAGAACAAAUAGAGACAGAUCUAGUACAUUAAAAUAUGACCAAUCUGGUAUUAAAGCAUCAUCAAGCUUUGAAAAUAUCAAAACCAUGGCCACAAAGCUGUGGGGGAAAAUAACUAAAUGCGAUAAAGACAGCUCUGACGGAACAUCUCAAAAGCUUUCAAUCAAAGUUGACGCCCGGGUGGAACUGUCAUGUCCAUGUGAAAGAUCGUGCGGACGUGUUAAAAGGUUGGUGACAACACAAGGAGGGUACAUGUGGGUGGCCUUCAUUCAGUGUUCCUGGGUUUCCUUGUACAACAAUAGACACGAGAGAGUGUACAAGUUUGAUACACGUGGUUGUGUGGAUAGUUUAGCAGUGACUGCGACCGGAGUCCUCUAUGUCUCGUGUCCUCUACAGAAGAGGAUCAUCAUGCUGUCAUCAAAUCUUCAGAUGACAGUUCUGUGCUGUUUCACCAAAUUAUAUCCACGAGGAGUUGCUGUAUCCCCGAACGACGGCACCCUGAUAGUCUGUAUGGCGUCUCAGACUGUGGGGAAUGUGAUGAAAAAGCCUUCAAAGAACAGUUGUCUGAUGCGAUUCAAAGGCGAAACGCCAAACGAAACCGGAACAAUUGUGAACAAAGGGAAUUAUUUCGGAUAUCCGGUAAAGGUAACCAUUAACAUGAAUGGCUUUUUAUUAGUGUCAGAUUUCGGUUUGAGAUGUCUGAUUGUUUUGGAUCAGAGGGGACAUUUGUUGAAAAAGUUUUCUUCACUAGGAGGAGUUCCACUGUGGCAUGUACAUGCUCUUACAAGUAACCCAGUUAGAUCGUUCUGCGUUGUUCAAGGAGGAGCUGGAACACUGUCAAUCACACGACUAGGAGAGUACCUAGGAACCUUCGAGGAGACAUCGACAUCAACUAAGGAUGAACGUUUAGUAAAACGUACAGUUGAAACGGCGUCAAUGAAAACGGAGGGGCAGAUAGUUUUAGCAUCUGGAAAUAUCAUCACACAUGUUUCUCUCGUGUAUUAG